AUGAGCGCCAGCCGCAAACGUCCUGGGAGCCCGCAAGUCGACGAAGCACCCACGAAGCGCCCCGCGAAGCUCGUUGAGGUCGUCCCGGAUGGAGAUGUCCUGCUCGCUGUUGGCCGAGGGGACGAUGCCCUCAAAAUACGAGUCUCGGGGACAGUAAUCAGUCUUGCGUCGGGAGUCUUCUCUCGUAUGCUCUCGUCAUCAUUCACAGAGGGAAGGUCGAGAGAAAUUGAAUUGCGCGAAGACGUUCCAGAGGCUGUCCUCGACUUCUGCAACAUUGCUCACCAUAAAGCUGAGAAUGUCGAUCAUUGUGACGGCUCGAGGCUCGUGAAGCUAGUAGAAUUUGCAGAUGCGCGAUUCUGUGUGAAAGCACUGAGGCCGUGGCUUUCCGCAAGGCUUGCUGGUAUAAUAGAAGAAUUCAAGGGCUACGACCGCAACAUGACACCAAUGAAUCACAACUGGAUUUCUCCUGAAGACGAUUCACUCGAGCUAACAAUGGAACAGUGCAUGAGUGUCGCCGCCGUUUUCAAAUUGAACGAUUUGUUCUGGUUCGCAACAAAGCAUUUCUUGCUCCUACAGGGUCGACGUUCCACCUCCCCAACAUUACCUUCAUUCGCCGAGUCAGCUCUUGGAUCCCGGGUACACAGUUUUAAAGAAAGGUUUGAAAAGGAAUCCAUGCUGCAAUCACGGCAGUUCUUCGACGGUAUCUUGGAGUGCGUUGGCAGAGAUUUCGAUGCAGGUGCAGUUGAUGCGUCAGCGAUGGAGACCCGGAGCUGUUCAUUUGCGAAAUUCAGCGCUAUUAUGUUUUAUUUAGCUAAGAAAGGCAUUAAACCCGGGGAAGAUUGGGCAUACAAGAAAUCAAUCUCUCGGGCGAUGCUCGAUGUUCAGAGUCUCUGCAUCACGGAACCCUGGAGUACGGUACUGGAGCGCACAGAGUGUAACGCAAGCCCUGCCAGUCCCUGUCUCUUCUGCCGGAGAGAUAUUGUGGGGGACCUGCUCGAGGUUGUUGAAUGGUAUAUGAAGGAAACUUGCGGGGCCUGUCUUCUCUGUUACAACAGCGGUAGCGAGGAUUACUUCCACGCCACACAUCGCCACGAGGGGCAUUGA